GUAAGCAUUAUGAGGACGAAGAGGAGGAGGAUGCCCUACCUGACUCGGAUGCCCUGCCAGACUCAGAUGACGAAGUGGAGUUGGAUAAGCCACGCCCCAUCCAAAUUGUUCUUGCUCAUGAAGAUGACCAUAACUUUGAAUUGGAUGAAGAAGCAUUGGAAAAAAUCUUGCUUCAGGAACACAUCAAAGAUCUUAACAUAGUAGUUGUGUCUGUAGCAGGAGCUUUCCGCAAAGGAAAAUCUUUUCUGCUGGACUUCAUGCUUAGAUACAUGUAUAACAGGACUUCUCCUUGCUGGAUAGGUGGAAAUACUGAGCCACUGACUGGGUUUACGUGGAGAGGUGGAUGUGAACGGGAAACGACUGGCAUUCAGAUUUGGAGUGAAGUGUUUGUAAUUGAUAAACCCAAUGGAACAAAGGUUGCUGUACUACUCAUGGAUACCCAAGGUGCCUUUGAUAGCCAAUCCACUAUCAAAGACUGUGCAACGGUUUUUGCUCUGAGCACCAUGACGAGUUCUGUCCAGGUAUACAACUUGUCCCAGAAUAUUCAGGAAGAUGACCUUCAACAUUUGCAGUUGUUUACAGAAUAUGGAAGACUAGCUAUGGAAGAAAUUUACCAAAAGCCAUUUCAGACACUAAUGUUCUUAAUUAGAGAUUGGAGUUAUCCUUAUGAACAUGCAUAUGGCUUGGAAGGAGGAAAGAAGUUCCUAGAGAAAAGGUUGCAGGUAAAGCAAAACCAACACGAAGAGCUACAGAAUGUAAGGAAGCAUAUUCACUCCUGUUUCAGUAAUCUUGGCUGUUUCCUGUUGCCCCACCCUGGUCUUAAAGUUGCAACAAAUCCAAAUUUUGAUGGGAGGCUGAAUGAUAUAGAUGAGGAUUUUAAGAAGGAACUGCGGAAUUUGGUACCGUUACUGCUUGCCCCUGAAAAUCUGGUAGAAAAAGAGAUUAGUGGAUCCAAGGUGACCUGUAGAGAUCUUGUAGAAUACUUCAAGGCUUAUAUUAAAAUCUAUCAAGGAGAGGAGCUACCUCAUCCAAAAUCUAUGCUGCAGGCAACAGCCGAGGCAAACAAUCUUGCUGCUGUGGCAGGAGCAAAAGACUUGUACAGUAAAGGCAUGGAGCAGGUUUGUGGGGGAGAUAAGCCUUACAUUGCCCCGGCGGACCUUGAGCGGAAGCACCAGGAUUUCAGAGAGUCAGCUGUCAGGCAGUUCUGCUCCGUGAAGAAGAUGGGAGGGGAGGAGUUCUGUCGGCGCUACCAGGAACAGCUGGAAGUGGAGAUCGACGAGAUCUAUGCAAACUUUGUGAAGCACAACGACGGCAAAAACAUCUUUUAUGCUGCUCGUACCCCUGCCACUCUAUUUGCAGUCAUGUUUGCCAUGUACAUCACCUCAGGACUGACUGGGUUCCUUGGGAUGAACUCCAUAGCUACCCUGUGUAAUCUCGUGCUGGGGAUGGCUCUUAUAUCGUUUUGUACUUGGGCAUACGUUAAGUACUCUGGGGAAUUCAGAGAAGUUGGAACAGCCAUUGAUCAGAUCGCCGAAGCUAUAUGGGAACAGGUGUUGAAGCCCGUGAGCGAUAAUUUGAUGGAAGAUCAUAUGAGGCAGUCUGUAAAAAACUCUAUCAAAGCAGGCCUGAGCGAGCAGGUGUCUCACCAUGCCAGACUAAAGACAGACUGACAUUCGUCUCCUCCUCCAGCCCGCCCUCUCGUCCUAGACAUGCUUGCUGUACCAUGAGAACUCAAUAAUAAAAUGAUUAAAACCCAAUAAACCAAAGUUUACAAUCAGCUGUAGAAGUAGUGUAGUGUGACUGGCUUCGCAGAUGGCUGCCAUCACCUGGGAAGAGGAAGUUUGUCAGCGCUCUGCUUCCGAGACAAACUGGUACCCUGGAGACCGGUGUGGGGGUGGGUGGGGGUGUUGU